AUGACGGAUUGGACAUGCUUCCAGAUAUACUGGAACACCACUAUAGCAUUGACUUUGCCAGAAAAGCUUAUCGACUACACUGCCCAGCCCACCCGCCCAACAUGGCGGCCGCCUGACCCGCCCCCGCGCCUCGCGCCUGCGCCGCCGGCAGGGUGGCGCGCGCAGCCUCUGCCCCGGCUGGCCGCCAGAGCGCGUGCGCCUUCUGCGGGCACAUGCGCGGCGCGCUCGGGGACGCGGUCAGCGGCGGCGGGGGCCGCGGCCGCGGCGGGCUCAGGUACCGGCGCCCUGCGGGUCAGCCCCGCUGCCUCCUCCGCCGCCGCCUCCGGCUCCUCCUCGCCGCCGCAGCUGGCGCUGCUCGUGAUGCAGCCGUGCGGCGGCGAGGAGGUGGCGCCGGCCGGGGCGGCGGGGGGAGUGCUGCCGCUCCCGGGAACCGAUCCGUCGCUGCCGCCCUCCGGUAGCGGCGGCCUCAUGUUAUUCUACGAGCUGGGAGGCCCGGGCGACGCCGAGGCCGAGGCGGGGGAGGAGGCCGAGGCGGCGGGUGGCGAGAGCACGGCUAGCCCGGAGGAGCUGGAGGAGGAGGAUGCGACGGCUGCGGCGACGGUGGCCUCGAGCGGCGACACGGCGGCGGCGGGAGGCGGCUGCAAGAGCUGCACGUACCAGGGCUGCAGCGAGACCACCACGCAGGUGGUGAAGCAGCGCAAGCCCUGGAUGUGCAAGCGCCACCGCAACAAGAUUUACAAGGACAAGUACAAGCGCAAGAAGAGCGACCAGGCCCUGGGGGGCGGCGGGGCGGCCGCCGCGGGGGGCGGUGCGCGGGCAGAGGAUAAUGUUGAAGGUUCAGUUUCUGUUACAAAACAGAGAACAGGAUCCAUUGGAGAUCGCCCAGCAAGACCUACUCUUUUAGAACAAGUAUUGAAUAAAAAGAGACUGUCUCUGCUCAGAAGUCCAGAAGUAGUGCAGUUUCUGCAGAAACAACAGCAGCUGUUAAGUCAGCAGGCUUUGGAACAAAGGCAGCAACAGUUUCAAGGAACACCUGGGUAAUCAGAACAGAUGAGUGACCUGCAGAGAGUCUGGUGCUGCAGGAGGAUGUGUAUUUUAUAUGAAUACAAAGAAUCUCCGUGUUUAAAGGAAAUUGAAAGUUGCUGCCAUUAGGUAUUUUACUUGUUUUUUGUUUGCACUUUUGAGGUUUUGAGCUGCUUGGGUGUUUGCAAACGUGAGCAAAUCUGGAGGACUCAAUUUUUUAAUUCUUUUUAAAACUUAAUUUUAAUGUUUAAUUUUUUAACAGAAAUUUGUUUAUAUUAAUGUUUAGCUGUACACCCUUUUCCUACCAAAGUCUUCCACUAAAUUAACAUUUUUCUAUAUAAGGAUUAAGUGUUAAGCAAGUUGCUCUUUGAUGGCAAUCAUUGAAGGAAGUCAGUUACUUUCUGUGGAAGUUGUGAAAUAGUCCUGAAUUUGAGCCAGUCAAGUGGCAUGGCCUAAAAACAAUUGCUCAGGGAUAUUAGAAACUUAUGUCCAGUAGAAUCUUGCACUGAGGACAAAGACAACAUGCCAUCAAGAAGUUCAUCCAGUGGCUCAGAAAAGUGCAAAUGAGGUGAUCCUCCUGCUAUAUAUAUUCAUUAUCUGCCAUUUGAGUAGUUUUGAAAUGCUUCAUUCACUGUGCAAGCAUGUAAAAGAAUUUGUAACUUAAAAGUUACAAAAGAGAUAAAUGGCAAAAGAAUGAGAUGGAAUGUGCAACUGAGAGUCAGACCUUGUUUGUAGAGUUCGUUGUUGUGGAGUCUUACUCAUGAAACAAAACAAUUAAAGGUGGAAAUCGCAGAAUCUUAAGGAUUGGAAGGGAUCUCAAAAGAUCAUCUAGUCCAACCCCUCUGCCAGAGCAGGGCCACCUAGAGUAGGUCACACAAGAACUCAUCCAGGUGAGUUUUAAAUGUCCCCAGAGAAGGAGACUCCACAACCUAUCUUGGGCAGCCUGUUCCAGUGCACCAUCACUCUCACAGUGAAAAAAUUUUUCCUUGUGUUUCUUUAGAACCUCUUCUGUUCCAGCUCGUACCCAUUGCCCCUUGUCCUAUCAUUGGACAUCACCGAGAAGAGCCUGGCUCCAUCCUCCUGACACCUGCUUUUUACAUUGUAAACAUUAAUGAGAUCACCCCUCUUCUCCAAGCUGAAGAGCCCCAGCUCCCUCAGCCUUUCAUCAUAAGGGAGAUGCUCCACUCCCUUCAUCAUCUUUGUGGCCCUGCACUGAACUCUCUCCGGCAGUUCCCUGUCCUUGAACUGAGUGGCCCAGAACUGACACAAUAUUCCAGAUGUCUCAGGAGGGCAGAGGAGGAAUACAUCAGAUGUAUUGCAGAUCAGAGACUUGGGGCUGUUUAGGCUGGAGAAGACUGAGGGGGAAUCUUAUCAACACUUAUAAAUACCUAACAAUCUUUUUAAAUAAUCUUUUUAAACAAUCAUGUUGAUCAUCACUUGAUCAUCACUCAGGCACAUCACUUGAGGUGCCUGAGGACUGGAGAAAGGCCAAUGUCAAACACAGGAAGGAUGACCCAGGAAACUACAGGCCAGUCAGCCUCACUUGCAUCCCUGGAAAGGUGAUGGAACAACUCAUCCCUAAACAUAUCCCUAAACUUAUCACUAAACAUAUGAAGGAAAAGAUGGUUAUCAGGGGGAGUCAACAUGGCUUCACCAAGGGGAAAUCCUGUCUGACCAACCUGAUAGCCUUCUAUGAGUGCAUAACCGGCUGGCUAGAUGAGGGGAGAGCAGCAGAUGUCAUCUACCUUGACUUCAGCAAAGCUUUUGACACUGUCUCCCACAACAUCCUCAAAAGAAAGCUCAGGCAGUGUGGCUUGGAUGAGUGGACAGUGAGGUAGAUCGAGAGCUGGCUGAAUGACAGAGCCCAGAGGCUGGUGACCAAUGGCACAGAGUUGAGUUGGAGGCCUGUGGCCAGUGGAGUUCCACAGAGAUCAGUUCUGGGGCCAGUCUUGUUCAAUGUCUUCAUCAACGACUGGAUGAGGGGCAGAGUGUACCCUCAGCAAGUUGGCUGAUGACACCAAACUGGGAGGACUGGCUGAUUCCCCAGGAGGCUGUGCUGCCAUUCAGCGGGAUCUCGACCGGCUUGGGCAGAGAGGAAGCUCAUGAGGUUCAACAAGGACAAGUGCAGAGUCCUGCAGCUGGGAAGGAACAACUCCAUGCACCAGUACAGGUUGGGGGUUGAACUGCUGAAGAGCAGCUCUGCAGAGAGAGACCUGGGAGUCCUGAUUGAUAAUAAACUAAAUAUGAGCCAGCAAUGUGCCCUCGUGGCCAAGAAGGCCAAUGGGAUGCAUCAAGAAGAGUGUGGCCAGCAGGUCAAGGGAGGUUCUUCUUCCCCUCUACUGUGCCCUGGUGAGGCAUCAUCUGAAGUCCUGUGUCCAGUUCUGGGCUCCUCAGCUGAAGAGGGACAGGGAAAUUCUGGAGAGAGUCCGAUGCAGGGCCACCAAGAUGAUCAGGGGAAUGGAACAUCUUUCAUACGAGGAAAGGCUGCAGGACCUGGGGCUGUGUAGUCUGGAGAAGAGGAGACUGAGGGGAGAUCUUAUUAAUAUUUACAAAUACCUAAAUGAUGGGUGUCAGGAGGUUGGGAAAUGCCUUUUUUUCUGUAGUAGCUAGCAGCAGGACAAGGGGUAAUGGGAUGAAGCUGGAACACAAAAAGUUCCAUUUAAACACACGGAAAAACUAUUUUACUGUGAGGGUGAGGGAGCCCUGGCACAGGCUGCCCCAGAGGGGUUGUGGAGUCACCUUCCUUGGAGAUCUUGAAGACCCACCUGGACACGUUCCUGUACAACCUGAUCUAAGUGAACCUGUUUCUGCAGGGGAGUUGGACUGGUUGAUGUCCAGAGGUCCCUUCCAACCCUUACCAUUCUGUGUUUCUGUGAAUGAAUAUCCCUCUUUUUUAAGUGAUUAAAUUUUAAAGCUUUUAACUACUAAUAGCAAAUGCAUCCAAGAGCUAAAAUGUUACUGUGCGUUUUUUCCCUUUAUGUAGCUUUCUGAGAAAACAGGCGUUUGAAUUCUUCUAUUAAGACAUCUGGUAUCUGGUCAGCUCUAGUGCCAGACUUCUCAGGUUUUUGUCCAACCCAGGUGAUUUUGCAAUUGAUUGGCUUAAGAAUCCAAACACUGUAUUAUGUAAAUGUUGAAUCCCAGGUUUUGUUUUUAAAACAAAGUUUCACAUUAAACCACAUUUCUGAGUAGAGGUUACCUGACUGGUGUAGGUGCUUAUUUAAAGUUCUCCUUUGAUCUUGCAUAACCUCUCCUCAGGGUAUAUGUUAGUCUUAAGAAUUUUUGCAAGCUGUGCUUUGUCUACAUAUAGAACUUGUUCAGUAGGGACUUUACUGUAGUUAGUAUUGUGCAAGUUGUUCCUUUUUAAAGAAAUGGAAAAGCUUUGUAUCAACAAUUCUGGACCAAUACAUGUUUGAGUAAAAUCUUGUUUUUUCUCUUGAAAAGAAAAAAACCAAAACAAA